CCCCCCCCAUGUAUAUACAUUUUUUGUACACGCCGUUGCUACACUGCAGGAGAAAACGAUUCCAUCUUUGUUCCAUUGACAGUAAUUCACAGUAUGUAGAGUCGGAUAAAAGCCCAUCUCGCCAUCUGGAGGUUGAGCGCAUGGACGUGCAUAUACACAACCACGGUUAAUUGGCUCAUUAAGUUACCUUGGUUCCACUUAGACAUAAAAUAAUAUUUAGCGUUCCAUCGCGGAUCACUGAUGCGAGCGCUGACCGAACCCAGAGCUCUGCGACCAGAGAGCGAGGCGGACCGCAUGGAAACGUGCUGCUUUUACAAACUCUGUUCGCUUCCCACGAAAGAGGAAACCUGUUUCUCAUAAAGCUGUGAUUUGUGCAAGAAAAACAGGCAAUCAUCAGCGAAUCCCACCCCGAAAAAAAAGAGAAAGAAAAGGAAAAGUAACACCGGUGCGUCUUCCCAAGUGUGGUGAAUCGCACAGGGCGCCCAAUCACAGCGACCUUCCUGUCAUUAGCAGUCAUCAGCCUGGGCAUGUCCAGGCAUGGCUCUGGCCUGUCAGACGCACAACCUGGAGCCGGUCGCAGGCGGACUGAGGGGGAGGGUCAUGGGUAAUAAUGCAAAGGGUGUGUGUGUGAGACGGCUCGUGAUUGAUAACAGUGGCAGCAAAGGUUCUGGCGGGUUCUUCUUCAUAGAAAGCCAACUCUGCUCUCCCCCCAGAACAAGAUUCUUGUUCUUUUGUACAGUCCACUUUCACGUUGCAUAACGCAGUCCAAAACAGUUGUUUUGUGGUGUUAGGCAUCUUCUACACACUGCAUUCAGAUUAGAUGUUUUGAGAUGUUUUGGGAUUCGAGGUGAUGUCAAUUAUUUUAGUCUAUGCUUUAUUGUGACCACAUGUUUCCAGCUAACCCCAGUUAUGAAUGGUUUCUUCACUACAUAGAGGUUAAGGCUGUUUCCAGGAAAUGUCCACAGCUUCCCGAUGAACCGUGAUCCCGCGUGUACAGAAUAUCGCUACACUGCUACCACCUGAUCACUUCACACUUCUGCUCCUAAUCUUUACUUAUUUUUACUUAUCUUCACUUAUCUUUCGUUAUCUUUAUUUUACUACCUUACUUUAUCUUGUAUCAUUACUGCUAUGUGGCUGUUGCGGCUCCAUGGUAAAGAGAAGAUGAAGGCGAAGAAAAGGAAACAGAGGAAGACAAGGAAACAUCAGAGUGGGGGAGGAGGGCGUGGCUGGUUGGAGGUUGAUGGGGGGGUGGGAGGGGGUAAGGGGUAGGGUGUAGGACUUGGCACCCUGACCUCCGGCACUGUCAUGUAUUCUCACUGACAUCAUCAUUGUAAAAUUAGGAGCCCUGGUUUCAUCUUUCCUGCAGAUGUGGAAGCUUGAAAUUGCAUUCCGUGGGCCUGUGCCACAUUUCAUCAGUGAAUGUUCCCCUCACCGGCUCCAAGGGGGGAGGAACAGGCAGAAGGACGGGGGUCGGGAUGGUUAGGAGCCUCAACCCCCCCUCCCCCUCUCUACCCCUAUUGCCUCCCAGCCUUUUACUGCUUGGCACCCUCCAACACUAACCUCCCUCCCUGCACACACACUCACACACACACGCACACACUCCCACAACACAACACAGUGUUUUGGCCGGAGCCAACCUCUGUUGCACUCCACAGCCUUCCAGCGCCGCGGCGCAGCGCGGGCUGGGCGACUCCCGGGCCGGACCCACACCUGCGGCUGAUAGAAUCCUUCUGGUAGUACAAAGCCUGUGAUUUACGGCCCCCGAGGAGCCCGGGGCCUCGUACAGCUGUGGACCGGCAGGAAAGGGAAGUUGUUCAUCACGCAGUGCGCGUUUUCACCAGCAAUCUUUGGCCACAAACGCCCAAACAGCCCGAGCCCGAGCAGAGAAUGUCACCGUAACGACAGGUGGUCGAUGGUGCCGGGGCACUUUGUAACACAUUAGCUAAAGGCUAAUAGCGAGCAGGGCUAACGGCCGAUCUCAGGUGGCCGAGGAAAUCAGUGUGCAGCUCCCUGACUGAGGGCGAAUGACAUGUGGGAUAUACUUUCAUUCAUCCAGUGAUCUUUCUUCGCCAAUGUGCUUAAUUGUGUGUGUGUAUGUGUGGAUCUUUGGUCUGCGUGCUCGAGUGUGAAUUAUGUGACACACACAUCCAGUAACAAAUACUUUGGUUGCUUUUGUUUUACUCUCCAUUUUGACUUUUUCUAAGUCACGUUUCUGGUCUACGUUUUCACUUGAGGUUUCGCAUUGGAGACGCAGAACAGAAUUAGUUCUGGAGCCACGGCGGGGGAACUCUGCCAGGAGGUGGUGAUGUUGAGAGAUGGAUUCCUGGAGAGGAGGUAGGGGCGGGGGUCAUCCAACACCACACCGGAUGAGAGCAGGGUUAGAGUGGGGGUGACACGGUGACAACCGCCUGUAUGGCUAUAGAUCUAAAUAUAAAAAAAUAAACCGCAAUGACCUCACAACAGCCUGGGUCUGAGUAAUGUUCCUCGUGCUGUCACAUGGGUUCCAUGAAGACGAGGUCAGACCUAAAUACGGGGGGGAGUGGUAGUUGAUCUGGACUUACAGGACGAUAGUGAUAGGGCUCGGAAUGUAUAUCCUGAAAAUGCGCACGUCUUGUUCCGAACCGAGUGAUUUAUUGACUCUGCAUUUAGUGUGUGGAUGGACCUGGAAUUCGGUGUAUCCUGGAAAUAUUAUUUCUCUUUCUGUUUUUUAGGGGGGGGGGAGACGUUGACAUGUUGAGCUCUUACACACAUGUGAGUUUGGAGCAGGAGCUUGGGACGCAGCGUCUAGUGGAACCAAUGCAUUCGGUCAGGCCUUUAAAAGCCAUUUCCAUACGGUACGUUGUGAAGACAAAACACAUAUUUCUCUCAGGCCUGGAGGUACGCUGCAUUAGUAUAGACAGAUGAACGUAGCUAAAUCAUCUAAUGGCUGCCAUACAACAUUUAAUAGGUUACUAGUAUGUUUUUGUGGUUAUAUCACAACAAGAAUGUUCAUUGUUGUGUGUUUUGUUGUAUGUGUUACCAGCAAGUAAAACACCAUUUUGUAUAUUUCUCUCAUGACUUGAAGUCCUUGUAAACUCAUUGUAUUUACAUAUGUAUUAGCGUGAACAUGUAUUAAGCUAUGCUACACAAAAGUUAGGAAUACACAAAAAAGCUAGAUUAACUGUUGAUAUUCAUAGCUUCCAUAUCCACUUUAUACUGGACUUUUAGACACGGAGGGCCGAGCAAACACAAGUUUUCUUCGCGUUAAUUACUUUCUGGUUAAAAUUUGCAGACAGUUACAAAUCCUAGUUUAUGCCAGUAGAGACCCUCGGAAAUGUUGACACUGAGAAUGAAAUGAGGCCUUCAAGUUAAUGCUGCACCACCACCCUCACACACACACACACACACACACACACACACACACACACACACACACACACACACACACACACACACACACACACACACACACACACACACACACACACACACACACACACACACCACCACCACAGAACCUGGCAUGCAGUUCUCAGCUGCAGCUGUGUUGGAACGGCUUCUCUUGUUUGUGUACCCGAUGUUGUUUGGUUUUUUUUUGUCUUCUUGCUUUAGAGUUUUUAUUUGCACAUCCCCGAGCUCUGCAGCCAUGCCUCCCAGAGCCAGACCACCUGCAACAAUUAAAAGGAAGAAAAAAAAGAGAGAGAGAGAAGAAAUGGCCUGCUGGCUCAGCAGGGCUGCUGUGAUCAACACAGAAUUAUAUCAUAUGGAGGAGGGCUUGUUGUGCACAGCGUGUCUCAACCUUUUAAGGCCUCAUUCCCCCCCCCCUCCUCUGAAAGUAGAGUAGGGCCUACAUGGGAACUCGAAACUGUAGCCAAAUCAUGCAAGAUAGAAAUAAGGGAAGUUCAUGCCUUCUUUCUCAAGUGGGGUGAUUGGCCAGCUCUGCUUGCAGCAACCAUGGGUCGUUAUCUGGUAUACGCAGGUCUUGUGUUGCUUAUUUUAUGUUAUUAUAUUUUAUAUAUAAGACCAAUGUUGACAUGACAUUUUUAACCUUUCCAGAAAUGUUAUAUUUUCUGACUGUUACUAAUUCUACUAGUAUUACUAACUCCAUAAAAAAACCUCCUUUACAAUACUGUUAUGAAGAAUAUGUAGUGGAUAUGUUGCUCUCAAACAACUUGUCUAGCUAUCCAUCACUUAAACUAUCCCACUGGUUUGACAAUCAAAACAGUAUUGCGGGGUACAGAUUCACAAUUGUGAAAGUGUAGCGAUAUUUUCAGACACUCCUAUAAAAUAUGUGGGGUUAUGUGUUAACAUUGCAGCGCUCCGGUCGGGGUACAUUCUUUUGAAACGGUCUGCGUUCUCCAUAACUCCAUAGCUCUGUGCUGUGGGCGUGUCGGUGCGGAGGUCCACUGUGUGAUACGGUUUGUCAUCAAAACAUCUGUUUCACAAAGAUGGACUGGAGCAAAGCCAUGACAUUAUAGACUCAAGUGUAUCUCUCUUGCUCCCUCCAUUCCUCCCCCUCCCUCACUCUUUCUCUCCCUCGGUCUUUCUCUCUCACGUGCUCUCUCCCCCGCUUUCUCCUUCUCUCUCUCUGGCUCUCUCUCUGGCUCUCUCUCGGUGCCUCUCUCUCUUAACAUCAAAAGCUUUAAUUUCCUUCACCAGCCCUGAUUAUUCUGAGAAAAGGGAUUUCGGUGGUCGCUAAGGGUGUCACGAUAGGGACGAAGAGUCUACUACCACCACCUUUAGGACAAACCCAGGUGCUGCACGUCCUCUUUUGGGGCAGUUCACUCAGUAGUUCAGUCUACAACCCCUGCCCCUGGUACAUGAAAGGAGCAGGCCCAUACUUACUGUUAUGAGCGACACCUAUGUGUGUCUUAUGAUUAUCACAGGGUCUAAUUCUUCAUAUUGGCGCUCAACCUUGAUACAUUUAUACAUUAUGUGAUAGAAGAAGGAAAAUAAACAUGUUAUUUCACAACCUCUUUCCCCCAUGCCCUCUCUGCUAGGAGAUAAUCACAAUUCUCUGCUUUUCUAGGACCUUUCCACUCAUGGCGGCGUUGUUUUAUUGUUGUAUUUGACAGUAACCUUUUUGUUGUGCUACACAUCCCAUCAGUCACUGUGUCAGACGAUGUGAGGCUGCAGAAUGCUACGAGAUGGCUCAAAUGUUUCGGACUGACCGCUUUCUCCAAAUGUUACCCGUUCCCAAUUCCGUCAUUUGUUAUCUUUGUUUUCUUUCUUUCCGUUAUUUUCCCUGAAGAUGGCAUUUUCAUUGGGUGGGGGAGGGGAUCUCACCAAAUGUGCCAAAAUGACCCAAAAUGCCACUGGUCAUCAUGAUAUAUAACAACUGUAUUGUUGUUAGGGUCAGCAGGAAACAACAAAUAAAACAGUUUUCCCCACAAAUGUUGACAGCAAACUAUCCAAACCUUGACAAAUUAACCAUUUAGUCCUCCUAAACAAACGACCCAGAAGCAUUUAUUGUUCAUCCACAUCUGAAGCCGAGCACUUCUUUAUGGUUUGGAAACUACAGAGGCGGUUUGAACAACGUGAUUCAUCUUAAAACAACAGGAGGGUGGGCCUUUGUUGAAAUGCAUCUCACGUGUGUGUGUGUGUGUGUGUGUAUGUGUGUGUGUGUGUGUGUGUGUGUGUGUGUGUGUGUGUGUGUGUGUGUGUGUGUGUCUGUGUGUGUGUCUGCGUCUGUGUGUGUGUGUGUGUCUGUCUGUCUGUGUGUGUGUGUGUGUGUGUGUGUGUGUGUGUGUGUCUCUGUGGGGCUUUGAAGGAGUUUUGAUGAAUGUGACUUGUGCAAAUGUGCGUUUAAAAAAAUAAAUAAUGGUAGCUCCUUCUCCUCCAGCAGUGUUGGUCAUCUCUCCCUGUAGGAGUUCACCGUGAUCAAUCCAACAUGUGAUACCUCUCACAGCGACGUCCAGAAGAUGACAAAUGUUUCGGACGUGCUUCGUACAGUUUGUCAUCGGAGAUACCUAUAUGUUGUUGGGCCACUGCUUUAAAGAGGGGGUUUGUAUAUUUAUUUGUGUAUCCUUGGUGUUCACAAGUAAGAGAAAGACAUGUCGUGAUUACUUUAUUUACCAAAAAAGGAAGCACGAUCCAAUAGAAAAUGGAUUAUGCGUAUGUAUGAGUUGCAAUUCUGUUGUAAGACAUUUCUCUCUGCCCUACUGUGCCUGUCCAUUUUGAGACUCCAUUCCUCCCCCCAAACCUAAGGAUACACAGACACAGAGUCAUCCACGCAUGCACAAAAGCACACACACAGAAACCUUGCCUUGUAUCUGUUCAGCCAGUCAGCUCCCUCCUGUCAUCUGCGCCAAUCACCAUCUGCCCCAAUUUACCACUAUUUAUUUCUAAUUGGGCCAAAAUUGAACUGCUGUCAGUGAUUAAAGUUGUUCCAAAAAGGAGGAACGAAUCUCUUUGCCCACGUCCAUUAUUAACUCAUUGAUUACAAUAAUGCGGGAAAUUGCCCAUUGGAGUCAAAUGUUAGCGGAGACACCUGGCCUGAACGCACCCAGCAAAAAAAAAGAAGGAUAAAAUAGAAACCCACAGGAGCCGCGGGCCUUGUGAGUAACGGGAUGUGGCAGCUGCCGCUAACUCUACGGGGCCUGCCCCACCAAACGCCUCCUGUUUGACCAGGCGUCGUACCCCUUCCUCUCCAGCGGCUGGUGGUGGGAGUUUACCAUGUCGCCGAUGGACUUGCUUAAAAACCGUACCAUCAAAUAACUACAAAUGGACAUUGCUGUCAUCUUAAAUGAAGAAACAAGAUAUUAAAUAAAUGACAUCAGAUGGAUUCUUUAAUUAGAACUUUGAGACAGGUAGUGAAACAUCAAUAUUGUGCAAAAUUCCCUAGAUCAUGGUGAUGCAUUCUUCUGUAUCGUCCAGCCCUACUUACAAGGAAUGUUGUACGCUUUCCUUUCCCAAGACUUUCCCAGCUUUGUUUGAUUUGAUGUGGAUUUGAACUGGCGACCUUCCAUUCACACGCCUACUCCUCCUCCUCCUCCUCAAACUGACGACGGCAAUGGAUCGUCCAGGUGACUGCAGCAGCUAUGGGCAGCAAGACGCUCCCGGCUCCGGUCCCCCUACACCCCUCCCUGGCCCAGCUGGCCAACUACUCUCUGCUGCAGAGCUCCACCACGGGCCUCCACCUGCCCGCCGCCGCUGACCACUUCCCGGGCCUCUACAACUUCAGCGCCCUGCACGCCAUCCACCUCCACCAGUGGACGCUGGGCUACCCCCCGCUGGGCCUGCCGCGCUGCGCCAUCGCCAAGCUGCCCGCCCACUUCUCCGCCGCCAUGGCCUCCACCGCCAUCCCCAUCUUCCCCCACCUGCUGCAGCCCAAGCAGGAGCCGGGGGCGACCACCGGCCCGCGCGGCUCCAAGAGCAAGCCCCGCUUUGACUUUGCCAACCUGGCCGCCGCCGCCACCCAGGAGGACCCGCUGAAGGCUGAGGACCUGAGUGUGGCCGGGGCGGCGGCGGCGGCGCUGCAGAACGCGCCCCUGAAGCGGUCCUCCGCGGGGGCGGCGGCCGGGCUGGGCUGCCUGCUGGACGUGGCCAAGCUGACGUCGUCGUCCUCGCCCGAGCGCAAGCCCCCCCGUGGCCGGCUGCCCUCCAAGACCAAGAAGGAGUUUGUGUGCAAGUUCUGCGGCCGGCACUUCACCAAGUCCUACAACCUGCUGAUCCACGAGCGCACGCACACGGACGAGAGGCCCUACACCUGCGACAUCUGCCACAAGGCCUUCCGGAGGCAGGACCACCUCCGAGAUCACCGGUACAUUCACUCCAAAGAGAAGCCGUUCAAAUGCCAGGAGUGCGGCAAAGGAUUCUGCCAGUCAAGGACUCUGGCCGUGCACAAGACGCUGCACAUGCAAGUCAAGGAACUAAAGCCGGCCAAGAUCAAGUGAUUCUUUUUCGUCAGCUUUUUUUUUUUUUGUUCUUUUUAAAAGACAGGGACACUGGAAAAAACAAAUGAAUCCAAAGAGAACUGCUAACUAUCUUUAAUCUACCACAACCCAAGACUUCUCCUUCAUCAUCUCAACUUUGGCAAACAUCUCUCCUAAUGGUCGAGUGGUUUUGUACAACAUGGGAAGAUUGUUCUGGGAAGAAAUGUAUCACCAGCCAAAUAUACAUAAACAAAUACAUGUAUGCGUAUAUAUAUGUAUAUAUAUUUAAAUAUAUAUAUACAUACAUGUAUGUUUUCCUGUUCACUUGGGAAUGUCUGCAGAGGAUAUUUAUGAUGUGCCGUGCUUCCGUUCUCAGAUAAAAACCUAAAAGCAGGUGGGUAGUGAUUGAGAAUACGUUUGAUAUGCAUAAACAGAUUUAUCUGAAACAUCAAGAAGAAAAUAAAUAUAUUUUAUGGCUGCUUCCUAAGACUGACACCUUGGAUCUAAAGAUGUCAUAAAAAUGGGACAGGCCAUCUCUUUUGCAAUGUUUUUUUCGUAAACAUUCUUAAUAUGAUUCAAGCCAUGUUUGCAUAGCCAACCUUUUUUCUCCUUCCGUAGUAUCACAUUCCAAUGUUAUUUUUGUACAUAUAUAUCUAAUUGUAUUUUUGCACUUUAACCCAAUUGAUUAUUUACCUAUAUCACUGGAUUUCCUAAACUUAUUUUCAAAUGAAUAGUCAUUUUCUAAAUAAAAUAUUUUUUACUGUA